UAAUUUCGGUAUAAAAGGGCCUGGAAAUCAGACUUCAGCAUCAGUCCGGUUCCACUCUCAAUACAAUAUGAGAGUCACAACCUUCGUGAUCUUGUGCUGUGCUCUGCAGUAUGUUACUGCAGAUGCCAUUGACGAUAGUCUUCUCAACUUUAAUAAUGAGAAUUUCAUAGAAAUCGGUGAAAGCACAACAGCAGAAGUUGAUGUUGAGAACGGGACUUUAGUCGAAAGAGAGACAACAAGAAAGAAAUACGAAAGAGAUGGAGACAUUACACCAAACAUUUCUGGUGAAGACAAGAUCGUCAGAACUUUCGUUAUUGAAACUGACGCAUCCGGUCACGAAACAGUCUACGAAGAAGACGUAGUCAUAAAAAGAAAGCCGGGACAACAAGGCGUCACAGAAAGAACUACAAUAGGAAGGCGACAAACUGGAAUUUCAGCUGCACCAGUGCCAGCACCUUCAAGUCAAGCACCUACAGUUGUUGUAGAAAGCAAUAGCCCUAUUGCACCCGCACCAGUAUCAGGACCAGUUUCUAUAGGACCCCAACUUGGAGCAGUUGGACCAUACGGACCAAGUAGAUCAUCAACUGCAACUACAACAUCAGGAACAGGUGUAGUACAACAAAUAAGAACUGACUCCACUGGCUCAUCAGCUGCCUCUGCAGCGACUGGCGCAUCUAGUGUUGCACCUGUCAUCGUCAUUGAGGAUGGAUCUUCAGCAGCAUCAGCAGCAGCAGCAGGCUCGGGUGCAUCUGGAGUAGGUGGCCUUGGACUUGGUGCAUUGGGACCACUCGGUGGCAUUGGACAAAGCGGAGUAUCGUCGGCUACCACAUCAGGUGCAGGACUUGGUGGAGUUGGCGCCGUCGGAGCAUCAGGACUAGGCGGACUUGGAGGCGCAGGCGCAUCCGCAGCAGGCUCUGCUGGAGCUGGACUUGGUGGAGUUGGAGUAGGUGGUUCAUCUGGAUCAUCCGCUGCCUCAGCAGCCUCAGGCGCAUCUGGAGCUGGAGAAGUCAUUCUCAUUGACGACAGAUCUUCCGCAGCGUCAGCAGCAGCAGCAGGCUCAGGUGCAUCAGGAGUAGGUGGCCUCGGACUCAGUGGAUUGGGACCAAUCGGUGGAAUCGGACCAAUUGGAGCAACAUCGGCUAGCACAUCAGGUGCAGGACUUGGUGGAGUUGGUGCCGCCGGAGCAUCAGGACUAGGCGGACUUGGUGGUGCAGGCGCAUCCGCAGCAGGUUCUGCUGGAGCCGGACUCGGUGGAAUCGGAGCAGGUGGUUCGUCUGGAUCAUCUGCCGCUUCAGCGGCGUCAGGCGCAUCUGGAGCUGGAGAAGUAAUAGUCAUUGACGACAGAUCUUCCGCAGCAUCAGCAGCAGCAGCAAGCUCAGGUGCAUCUGGACUAGGUGGUCUUGGACUUGGUGGACUGGGACCAUACGGCGGCAUCGGGCUAAACGGAGUAUCAUCGGCUAGCGCAUUAGGUGCAGGACUCGGUGGAGUUGGUACCGCCGGAGCAUCAGGAUUGGGCGGACUUGAAGGUGCAGGCGUAUCCGCAGUCGGGCCUGCUGGAGCUGGACUCGGUGGUGUUGGAGCAGGUGGUUCAUCUGGAUCAUCCGCUGCCUCGGCGGCCUCAGGCGCAUCUGGACCUGCACCUGUCAUCGUCAUUGAAGAUGGAUCUUCAGCAGCAUCAGCAGCAGCAGCAGGCUCAGGUGCAUCUGGACUAGGCGGUCUCGGACUCGGCGCAUGGGGACCACUCGGUGGAAUCGGACCAAACGGAGUAUCAUCGGCUAGUGCAACUGGCUCCGCAGCUGGCUCUACCGGAGCUGGACUUGGUGGAAGCGGUGCAGCUGGAUCAUCAGCUGCUUCUGCAGCCUCAGGCGCAGCUGGACCCGCACCUGUUAUCGUCAUUGAAGAUGGAUCUUCAGCAGCAUCAGCAGCAGCAGCAGGCUCAGGUGCAUCUGGAUUGGGUGGACUUGGACUUGGCGCAUGGGGACCACUCGGUGGAAUCGGACCAAAUGGAGUAUCAUCGGCUAGUGCAACUGGCUCUGCAGCUGGCUCUAUCGGAUCUGGACUCGGUGGAAGCGGUGCAGCUGGGUCGUCAGCUGCUUCUGCAGCCUCAGGCGCAGCUGGAGCCGCACCUGUCAUUGUCAUUGAGGAUGGAUCUUCAGCAGCAUCAGCAGCAGCAGCAGGUUCAGGUGCAUCUGGAGUAGGUGGCCUUGGACUUGGCGCAUUGGGACCACUCGGUGGAAUCGGACCAAUUGGAGCAUCAUCGGCUGGUGCAUCAGGUGCAGGACUUGGUGGAGUUGGCGCCGCCGGUACAUCGGGACUUGGCGGUAUUGGAGGCGUAGGUGCAUCCACAGCUGGUUCUGCUGGAGCUGGACUCGGUGGAAUCGGAGCAGGUGGUUCGUCUGGAUCAUCUGCUGCCUCAGCGGCCUCAGGCGCCUCUGGAGCUGGAGAAGUCAUUGUCAUUGACGACAGAUCUUCCGCAGCAUCAGCAGCAGCAGCAGGCUCAGGUGCAUCUGGACCAGGAGGACUUGGACUUGGCGUAUGGGGACCACUCGGUGGAAUCGGACCAAUCGGAGCAUCAUCGGCUAGCGCAUCAGGUGCAGGACUUGGUGGAGUUGGCGCCGCCGGAACAUCGGGACUUGGCGGUCUUGGAGGCGCAGGCGCAUCCGCAGCAGGUUCUGCUGGAGCUGGACUCGGUGGAAUCGGAGCAAGUGGUUCUUCUGGAUCAUCUGUUGCCUCAGCGGCCUCAGGCACAUCUGGAGCUGGAGAAGUCAUUGUCAUUGACGACAGAUCUUCCGCAGCGUCAGCAGCAGCAGCAGGCUCAGGUGCAUCUGGACUAGGUGGACUCGGACUCGGUGGACUAGGACCAUACGGCGGCAUCGGGCUAAACGGAGUAUCAUCGGCUAGCGCAUUAGGUGCAGGACUCGGUGGAGUUGGCACCGCCGGAGCAUCAGGAUUGGGCGGACUUGGAGGCACAGGCGCAUCCGCGGCCGGGUCUGCUGGAGCUGGCCUCGGUGGUGUUGGAGCAGGUGGUUCGUCUGGAUCAUCCGCUGCCUCGGCGGCCUCAGGCGCAUCUGGAGCUGGUGAGGUCAUUGUCAUUGACGACAGAUCUUCCGCAGCUUCAGCAGCAGCAGCAGGCUCAGGUGCAUCUGGACCAGGAGGACUUGGACUUGGCGUAUGGGGACCACUCGGUGGAAUCGGACCAAACGGAGUAUCAUCGGCUAGUGCAACUGGCUCUGCAGCUGGAUCUACCGGAGCUGGACUUGGUGGAAGCGGUGCAGCUGGAUCUUCAGCUGCUUCUGCAGCCUCAGGCGCAGCUGGACCCGCACCUGUCAUCGUUAUUGAAGAUGGAUCUUCAGCAGCAUCAGCAGCAGCAGCAGGCUCAGGUGCAUCUGGACUAGGUGGACUUGGACUCGGCGCAUGGGGACCACUCGGUGGCAUCGGACCAAACGGAGUAUCAUCGGCUAGUGCAACUGGCUCUGCAGCUGGAUCUACCCGAGCUGGACUUGGUGGAAGCGGUGCAGCUGGAUCUUCAGCUGCUUCUGCAGCCUCAGGCGCAGCUGGACCCGCACCUGUUAUCGUCAUUGAAGAUGGAUCUUCAGCAGCAUCAGCAGCAGCAGCAGGCUCAGGUGCAUCUGGAUUGGGUGGACUUGGACUUGGCGCAUGGGGACCACUCGGUGGCAUCGGGCCAAACGGAGUAUCAUCGGCCAGUGCAACUGGCUCCGCAGCUGGCUCUACAGGAGCUGGACUCGGUGGAAGCGGUGCAGCUGGAUCGUCAGCUGCUUCAGCAGCCUCAGGCGCUGCUGGACCCGCACCUGUCAUUGUCAUUGAGGAUGGAUCUUCAGCAGCAUCAGCAGCAGCAGCAGGCUCGGGUGCAUCUGGAGUAGGUGGCCUUGGACUCAGCGCAUUGGGACCACUCGGUGGAAUCGGACCAAACGGAGUAUCAUCAGCUAGCGCAUUAGGUGCAGGACUUGGCGGAGUUGGCGCCGCCGGAGCAUCAGGAUUGGGCGGACUUGGAGGCGCAGGCGCAUCCGCAGCUGGCUCUGCUGGAGCUGGACUCGGUGGUGUUGGAGCAGGUGGUUCAUCUGGAUUAUCCGCUGCCUCAGCGGCCUCAGGCGCAUCUGGAGCUGGAGAGGUCAUUGUCAUUAACGACAGAUCUUCAGCAGCAUCAGCAGCAGCAGCAGGCUCAGGUGCAUCUGGACUAGGUGGUCUCGGACUCGGUGGACUAGGACCAUACGGCGGCAUCGGGCUAAACGGAGUAUCAUCGGCUAGCGCAUUAGGUGCAGGACUCGGUGGAGUUGGCACCGCCGGUGCAUCAGGAUUGGGCGGACUUGGAGGCACAGGCGCAUCGGCAGCCGGGUCUGCUGGAGCUGGACUCGGUGGUGUUGGAGCAGGUGGUUCGUCUGGAUCAUCCGCAGCCUCGGCGGCCUCAGGCGCAUCUGGAGCUGGAGAGGUCAUUGUCAUUGACGACAGAUCUUCCGCAGCAUCAGCAGCAGCAGCAGGCUCAGGUGCAUCUGGAGUAGGUGGCCUCGGACUCGGCGCAUGGGGACCACUCGGUGGAAUCGGACCAAACGGAGUAUCAUCAGCUAGCGCAUUAGGUGCAGGUCUCGGCGGAGUUGGCACCGCCGGAGCAUCAGGAUUGGGCGGACUUGGAGGCACAGGCGCAUCCGCAGCCGGGUCUGCUGGAGCUGGAAUCGGUGGUGUUGGAGCAGGUGGUUCGUCUGGAUCAUCCGCAGCCUCGGCGGCCUCAGGCGCAUCUGGAGCUGGAGAGGUCAUUGUCAUUGACGACAGAUCUUCCGCAGCAUCAGCAGCAGCAGCAAACUCAGGUGCAUCUGGACCAGGAGGACUUGGACUUGGCGUAUGGGGACCACUCGGUGGAAUCGGACCAAUCGGAGCAUCAUCGGCUAGCGCAUCAGGUGCAGGACUUGGUGGAGUUGGCGCCCCUGGAACAUCGGGACUUGGCGGUCUUGGAGGCGCAGGCGCAUCCGCAGCAGGUUCUGCUGGAGCUGGACUCGGUGGAAUCGGAGCAAGUGGUUCUUCUGGAUCAUCUGCUGCCUCAGCGGCCUCAGGCACAUCUGGAGCUGGAGAAGUCAUUGUCAUUGACGACAGAUCUUCCGCAGCAUCAGCAGCAGCAGCAGGCUCAGGUGCAUCUGGACUAGGUGGACUCGGACUCGGUGGACUAGGACCAUACGGCGGCAUCGGGCUAAACGGAGUAUCAUCGGCUAGCGCAUUAGGUGCAGGACUCGGUGGAGUUGGCACCGCCGGAGCAUCAGGAUUGGGCGGACUUGGAGGCGCAGGCGCACCCGCAGCAGGCUCUGCUGGAGCUGGACUCGGUGGUGUUGGAACAGGUGGUUCAUCUGGAUCAUCCGCUGCCUCAGCGGCCUCAGGCGCAUCUGGAGCUGGAGAGGUCAUUGUCAUUGACGACAGAUCUUCCGCAGCAUCAGCAGCAGCAGCAGGCUCAGGUGCAUCUGGACCAGGAGGACUUGGACUUGGCGUAUGGGGACCACUCGGUGGAAUCGGACCAAUCGGAGCAUCAUCGGCUAGUGCAUCAGGUGCAGGACUUGGUGGAGUUGGCGCCACCGGAACAUCGGGACUUGGCGGUCUUGGAGGCGCAGGCGCAUCCGCAGCUGGCUCUGCUGGAGCCGGACUCGGUGGAAUCGGAGCAGGUGGUUCUUCUGGAUCAUCUGCUGCCUCAGCGGCCUCAGGCACAUCUGGAGCUGGAGAAGUCAUUGUCAUUGACGACAGAUCUUCCGCAGCAUCAGCAGCAGCAGCAGGCUCAGGUGCAUCUGGACUAGGUGGUCUCGGACUCGGUGGACUAGUACCAUACGGCGGCAUCGGGCUAAACGGAGUAUCAUCGGCUAGCGCAUUAGGUGCAGGACUCGGUGGAGUUGGCACCGCCGGAGCAUCAGGAUUGGGCGGACUUGGAGGCACAGGCGCAUCCGCAGCCGGGUCUGCUGGAGCUGGACUCGGUGGUGUUGGAGCAGGUGGUUCGUCUGGAUCAUCCGCUGCCUCGGCGGCCUCAGGCGCAUCUGGAGCUGGAGAGGUCAUUGUCAUUGACGACAGAUCUUCCGCAGCAUCAGCAGCAGCAGCAGGCUCAGGUGCAUCUGGAGUAGGUGGCCUCGGACUCGGCGCAUGGGGACCACUCGGUGGAAUCGGACCAAACGGAGUAUCAUCAGCUAGCGCAUUAGGUACAGGACUCGGCGGCGUUGGCACCACUGGAGCAUCAGGAUUGGGCGGACUUGGAGGCACAGGCGCAUCCGCAGCCGGGUCUGCUGGAGCUGGACUCGGUGGUGUUGGAGCAGGUGGUUCGUCUGGAUCAUCCGCUGCCUCGGCGGCCUCAGGCGCAUCUGGAGCUGGAGAGGUCAUUGUCAUUGACGACAGAUCUUCCGCAGCAUCAGCAGCAGCAGCAGACUCAGGUGCAUCUGGAGUAGGUGGUCUCGGACUCGGCGCAUGGGGACCACUAGGUGGAAUCGGACCAAACGGAGUAUCAUCAGCUAGCGCAUUAGGUACAGGACUCGGCGGCGUUGGCACCACUGGAGCAUCAGGAUUGGGCGGACUUGGAGGCGCAGGCGCAUCCGCAGCAGGCUCUGCUGGAGCUGGACUCGGUGGUGUUGGAACAGGUGGUUCAUCUGGAUCAUCCGCUGCCUCAGCGGCCUCAGGCGCAUCUGGAGCUGGAGAGGUCAUUGUCAUUGACGACAGAUCUUCCGCAGCGUCAGCAGCAGCAGCGGGAUCAGGCGCAUCUGGACUAGGUGGUCUCGGACUUGGUGGACUGGGACCAUACGGCGGCAUCGGGCUAAACGGAGUAUCAUCGGCUAACGCAUUAGGUGCAGGACUCGGUGGACUUGGAACAUCCGGAGCAUCAGGGUUGGGCGGACUUGGAGGCGCAGGCACAUCCGCGGCCGGGUCUGUUGGAGCUGGACUCGGUGGUGUUGGUAGAAGCGGUGCAGCUGGAUCAUCAUCUGCUUCUGCAGCCUCAGGCACAGCUGGACCCGCACCUGUCAUCGUCAUUGAAGAUGGAUCUUCAGCAGCAUCAGCAGCAGCAGGAUCAGGUGCAUCUGGAUUAGGUGGACUUGGACUCGGCGCAUGGGGACCACUCGGUGGCAUUGGGCCAAACGGAGUAUCAUCGGCUAGUGCAACUGGCUCCACAGCUGGCUCUUCUGGAGCUGGACUCGGCGGAAGCGGUGCAGCUGGAUCGUCAGCUGCUUCUGCUGCCUCAGGCGCAUCUGGACCUGCACCUGUCAUCGUCAUUGAAGAUGGAUCUUCAGCAGCAUCAGCAGCAGCAGCAGGCUCAGGUGCAUCUGGACUAGGCGGUCUCGGACUCGGCGCAUGGGGACCACUCGGUGGAAUCGGACCAAACGGAGUAUCAUCGGCUAGUGCAACUGGCUCUGCAGCUGGCUCUACCGGAGCUGGACUCGGUGGAAGCGGUGCAGCUGGAUCGUCAGCUGCUUCUGCAGCCUCAGGCGCAGCUGGACCCGCACCUGUCAUUGUCAUUGAGGAUGGAUCUUCAGCAGCAUCAGCAGCAGCAGCAGGCUCAGGUGCAUCUGGAGUAGGUGGCCUUGGACUCGGCGCAUUGGGACCACUCGGUGGAAUCGGACCAAUUGGAGCAUCAUCGGCUGGCGCAUCAGGUGCAGGACUUGGCGGAGUUGGCGCCGCCGGAGCAUCAGGAUUGGGCGGACUUGGAGGCGCAGGCGCAUCCGCAGCUGGCUCUGCUGGAGCUGGACUCGGUGGUGUUGGAUCAGGUGGUUCAUCUGGAUCAUCCGCUGCUUCAGCGGCCUCAGGCGCAUCUGGAGCUGGAGAGGUCAUUGUCAUUAAUGACAGAUCUUCAGCAGCAUCAGCAGCAGCAGCAGGCUCAGGUGCAUCUGGACUAGGUGGUCUCGGACUCGGUGGAUUAGGACCAUACGGCGGCAUCGGCCUAAACGGAGUAUCAUCGGCUAGCGCAUUAGGUGCAGGACUCGGUGGAGUUGGCACCGCCGGAGCAUCAGGAUUGGGCGGACUAGGAGGCACAGGCGCAUCCGCAGCCGGGUCUGCUGGAGCUGGACUCGGUGGUGUUGGAGCAGGUGGUUCGUCUGGAUCAUCCGCUGCCUCGGCGGCAUCAGGCGCAUCUGGAGCUGGAGAGGUUAUUGUCAUUGACGACAGAUCUUCCGCUGCAUCAGCAGCAGCAGCAGGCUCAGGUGCAUCUGGAGUAGGUGGUCUCGGACUCGGCGCAUGGGGACCACUCGGUGGAAUCGGACCAAUCGGAGCAUCAUCGGCUAGCGCAUUGGGUGCAGGACUUGGUGGAGUUGGCGCCGCCGGAGCAUCAGGACUAGGCGGACUUGGAGGCGCAGGCGCAUCCGCAGCAGGUUCUGCUGGAGCUGGACUCGGUGGUGUUGGAGCAGGUGGUUCGUCUGGAUCAUCCGCAGCCUCGGCGGCCUCAGGCGCAUCUGGAGCUGGAGAGGUCAUUGUGAUUGACGACAGAUCUUCCGCAGCAUCAGCAGCAGCAGCAGGCUCAGGUGCAUCAGGAGUAGGUGGCCUCGGACUCGGCGCAUGGGGACCACUCGGUGGAAUCGGACCAAACGGACUAUCAUCAGCUAGCGCAUUAGGUGCAGGUCUCGGCGGAGUUGGCAACGCUGGAGCAUCAGGAUUGGGCGGACUUGGAGGCGUAGGUGCAUCCGCAGCAGGCUCUGCUGGAGCUGGACUCGGUGGUGUUGGAACAGGUGGUUCAUCUGGAUCAUCCGCUGCCUCAGCGGCCUCAGGCGUAUCUGGAGCUGGAGAGGUCAUUGUCAUUGACGAUAGAUCUUCCGCAGCUUCAGCAGCAGCAGCAGGCUCAGGUGCAUCUGGACCAGGACUUGGACUUGGCGUAUGGGGACCACUCGGUGGAACCGGACCAAUCGGAGCAUCAUCGGCUAGCGCAUCGGGUGCAGGACUUGGUGGAGUUGGCGCCGCCGGAGCAUCAGGACUAGGCGGAAUUGGAGGCGCAGGCGCAUCCGCAGCAGGUUCUGCUGGAGCUGGACUGGGUGGUGUUGGAGCAGGUGGUUCGUCUGGAUCAUCUGCCGCUUCAGCGGCUUCAGGUGCAUCUGGAGCUGGAGAGGUCAUUGUCAUUGACGACAGAUCUUCCGCAGCGUCAGCAGCAGCAGCAGCAUCAGGUGCAUCUGGACUAGAUGGUCUUGGACUUGGUGGACUGGGACCAUACGGCGGCAUCGGGCUAAACGGAGUAUCAUCGGCUAGCGCAUUAGGUGCAGGACUCGGUGGAAUUGGCGCCUCUGGAGCAUCAGGAUUAGGCGGAAUUGGAGGCGCUGGCGCUUCCGCAGCUGGCUCUGCUGGAGCUGGAAUCGGUGGAGUUGGAGUGGGUGGUUCGUCUGGAUCAUCUGCUGCGUCAGCAGCCUCGGACGCAGCCGGACCCGCACCUGUCAUCGUCAUUGAAGAUGGAUCUUCAGCAGCAUCAGCAGCAGCAGCAGGAUCAGGUGCAUCUGGACCAGGAAGACUUGGACUCGGCGCAUGGGGACCACUCGGUGGCAUUGGACCAAACGGAGUAUCAUCGGCUAGUGCAACUGGCUCCACAGCUGGCUCUACUGGAGCUGGACUCGGUGGAAGCGGUGCAGCUGGAUCGUCAGCUGCUUCUGCUGCCUCAGGCGCAUCUGGACCUGCACCUGUCAUCGUUAUUGAAGAUGGAUCAUCAGCAGCAUCAGCAGCAGCAGCAGGCUCAGGUGCAUCUGGACUAGGUGGACUUGGACUCGGCGCAUGGGGACCACUCGGUGGCAUCGGACCAAACGGAGUAUCAUCGGCUAGUGCAACUGGCUCUGCAGCUGGAUCUACCAGAGCUGGACUUGGUGGAAGCGGUGCAGCUGGAUCUUCAGCUGCUUCUGCAGCCUCAGGCGCAGCUGGACCCGCACCUGUUAUCGUCAUUGAAGAUGGAUCUUCAGCAGCAUCAGCAGCAGCAGCAGGCUCAGGUGCAUCUGGAUUGGGUGGACUUGGACUUGGCGCAUGGGGACCACUCGGUGGCAUCGGGCUAAACGGAGUAUCAUCGGCCAGUGCAACUGGCUCCGCAGCUGGCUCUACAGGAGCUGGACUCGGUGGAAGCGGUGCAGCUGGAUCGUCAGCUGCUUCAGCAGCCUCAGGCGCUGCUGGACCCGCACCUGUCAUUGUCAUUGAGGAUGGAUCUUCAGCAGCAUCAGCAGCAGCAGCAGGCUCGGGUGCAUCUGGAGUAGGUGGCCUUGGACUCAGCGCAUUGGGACCACUCGGUGGAAUCGGACCAAACGGAGUAUCAUCAGCUAGCGCAUUAGGUGCAGGACUUGGCGGAGUUGGCGCCGCCGGAGCAUCAGGAUUGGGCGGACUUGGAGGCGCAGGCGCAUCCGCAGCUGGCUCUGCUGGAGCUGGACUCGGUGGUGUUGGAGCAGGUGGUUCGUCUGGAUCAUCUGCCGCUUCAGCGGCUUCAGGUGCAUCUGGAGCUGGAGAGGUCAUUGUCAUUGACGACAGAUCUUCCGCAGCGUCAGCAGCAGCAGCAGCAUCAGGUGCAUCUGGACUAGAUGGUCUUGGACUUGGUGGACUGGGACCAUACGGCGGCAUCGGGCUAAACGGAGUAUCAUCGGCUAGCGCAUUAGGUGCAGGACUCGGUGGAAUUGGCGCCUCUGGAGCAUCAGGAUUAGGCGGAAUUGGAGGCGCUGGCGCUUCCGCAGCUGGCUCUGCUGGAGCUGGAAUCGGUGGAGUUGGAGUGGGUGGUUCGUCUGGAUCAUCUGCUGCGUCAGCAGCCUCGGGCGCAGCCGGACCCGCACCUGUCAUCGUCAUUGAAGAUGGAUCUUCAGCAGCAUCAGCAGCAGCAGCAGGAUCAGGUGCAUCUGGACCAGGAGGACUUGGACUCGGCGCAUGGGGACCACUCGGUGGCAUCGGACCAAACGGAGUAUCAUCGGCUAGUGCAACUGGCUCCACAGCUGGCUCUACUGGAGCUGGACUCGGUAGAAGCGGAGCAGCUGGAUCGUCAGCUGCUUCUGCUGCCUCAGGCGCAUCUGGACCUGCACCUGUCAUCGUUAUUGAAGAUGGAUCUUCAGCAGCAUCAGCAGCAGCAGCAGGCUCAGGUGCAUCUGGACUAGGUGGACUUGGACUCGGCGCAUGGGGACCACUCGGUGGCAUCGGACCAAACGGAGUAUCAUCGGCUAGUGCAACUGGCUCUGCAGCUGGAUCUACCGGAGCUGGACUUGGUGGAAGCGGUGCAGCUGGAUCUUCAGCAGCUUCUGCAGCCUCAGGCGCAGCUGGACCCGCACCUGUUAUCGUCAUUGAAGAUGGAUCUUCAGCAGCAUCAGCAGCAGCAGCAGGCUCAGGUGCAUCUGGAUUGGGUGGACUUGGACUUGGCGCAUGGGGACCACUCGGUGGCAUCGGGCCAAACGGAGUAUCAUCGGCCAGUGCAACUGGCUCCGCAGCUGGCUCUACAGGAGCUGGACUCGGUGGAAGCAGUGCAGCUGGAUCGUCAGCUGCUUCAGCAGCCUCAGGCGCUGCUGGACCCGCACCUGUCAUUGUCAUUGAGGAUGGAUCUUCAGCAGCAUCAGCAGCAGCAGCAGGCUCGGGUGCAUCUGGAGUAGGUGGCCUUGGACUCAGCGCAUUGGGACCACUCGGUGGAAUCGGACCAAACGGAGUAUCAUCAGCUAGCGCAUUAGGUGCAGGACUUGGCGGAGUUGGCGCCGCCGGAGCAUCAGGAUUGGGCGGACUUGGAGGCGCAGGCGCAUCCGCAGCUGGCUCUGCUGGAGCUGGACUCGGUGGUGUUGGAGCAGGUGGUUCAUCUGGAUCAUCCGCUGCCUCAGCGGCCUCAGGCGCAUCUGGAGCUGGAGAGGUCAUUGUCAUUAACGACAGAUCUUCAGCAGCAUCAGCAGCAGCAGCAGGCUCAGGUGCAUCUGGACUAGGUGGUCUCGGACUCGGUGGACUAGGACCAUACGGCGGCAUCGGGCUAAACGGAGUAUCAUCGGCUAGCGCAUUAGGUGGAGGACUCGGUGGAGUUGGCACCGCCGGAGCAUCAGGAUUGGGCGGACUUGGAGGCACAGGCGCAUCCGCAGCCGGGUCUGCUGGAGCUGGACUCGGUGGUGUUGGAGCAGGUGGUUCGUCUGGAUCAUCCGCAGCCUCGGCGGCCUCAGGCGCAUCUGGAGCUGGAGAGGUCAUUGUCAUUGACGACAGAUCUUCCGCAGCAUCAGCAGCAGCAGCAGGCUCAGGUGCAUCUGGAGUAGGUGGCCUCGGACUCGGCGCAUGGGGACCACUCGGUGGAAUCGGACCAAAGAGAGUAUCAUCAGCUAGCGCAUUAGGUGCAGGUCUCGGCGGAGUUGGCACCGCCGGAGCAUCAGGAUUGGGCGGACUUGGAGGCACAGGCGCAUCCGCAGCCGGGUCUGCUGGAGCUGGAAUCGGUGGUGUUGGAGCAGGUGGUUCGUCUGGAUCAUCCGCAGCCUCGGCGGCCUCAGGCGCAUCUGGAGCUGGAGAGGUCAUUGUCAUUGACGACAGAUCUUCCGCAGCAUCAGCAGCAGCAGCAGGCUCAGGUGCAUCUGGAGUAGGUGGCCUCGGACUCGGCGCAUGGGGACCACUCGGUGGAAUCGGACCAAUCGGAGCAUCAUCAGCUAGCGCAUUAGGUGCAGGUCUCGGCGGAGUUGGCAACGCUGGAGCAUCAGGAUUGGGCGGACUUGGAGGCGUAGGUGCAUCCGCAGCAGGCUCUGCUGGAGCUGGACUCGGUGGUGUUGGAACAGGUGGUUCAUCUGGAUCAUCCGCUGCCUCAGCGGCCUCAGGCGUAUCUGGAGCUGGAGAGGUCAUUGUCAUUGACGAUAGAUCUUCCGCAGCUUCAGCAGCAGCAGCAGGCUCAGGUGCAUCUGGACCAGGACUUGGACUUGGCGUAUGGGGACCACUCGGUGGAACCGGACCAAUCGGAGCAUCAUCGGCUAGCGCAUCGGGUGCAGGACUUGGUGGAGUUGGCGCCGCCGGAGCAUCAGGACUAGGCGGAAUUGGAGGCGCAGGCGCAUCCGCAGCAGGUUCUGCUGGAGCUGGACUGGGUGGUGUUGGAGCAGGUGGUUCGUCUGGAUCAUCUGCCGCUUCAGCGGCUUCAGGUGCAUCUGGAGCUGGAGAGGUCAUUGUCAUUGACGACAGAUCUUCCGCAGCGUCAGCAGCAGCAGCAGGAUCAGGUGCAUCUGGACUAGGUGGUCUCGGACUUGGUGGACUGGGACCAUACGGCGGCAUCGGGCUAAACGGAGUAUCAUCGGCUAGCGCAUUAGGUGCAGGACUCGGUGGAAUUGGCGCCUCUGGAGCAUCAGGAUUAGGCGGAAUUGGAGGCGCUGGCGCUUCCGCAGCCGGCUCUGCUGGAGCUAGAAUCGGUGGAGUUGGAGUGAGUGGUUCGUCUGGAUCAUCUGCUGCGUCAGCAGCCUCGGGCGCAGGCGGGCCAGCACCUGUCAUCGUCAUUGAAGAUGGAUCUUCAGCAGCAUCAGCAGCAGCAGCAGGAUCAGGUGCAUCUGGACCAGGAGGACUUGGACUCGGCGCAUGGGGACCACUCGGUGGCAUUGGACCAAACGGAGUAUCAUCGGCUAGUGCAACUGGCUCCACAGCUGGCUCUACUGCAGCUGGACUCGGUAGAAGCGGAGCAGCUGGAUCGUCAGCUGCUUCUGCUGCCUCAGGCGCAUCUGGACCUGCACCUGUCAUCGUUAUUGAAGAUGGAUCUUCAGCAGCAUCAGCAGCAGCAGCAGGCUCAGGUGCAUCUGGACUAGGUGGACUUGGACUCGGCGCAUGGGGACCACUCGGUGGCAUCGGACCAAACGGAGUAUCAUCGGCUAGUGCAACUGGCUCUGCAGCUGGAUCUACCGGAGCUGGACUUGGUGGAAGCGGUGCAACUGGAUCUUCAGCUGCUUCUGCAGCCUCAGGCGCAGCUGGACCCGCACCUGUUAUCGUCAUUGAAGAUGGAUCUUCAGCAGCAUCAGCAGCAGCAGCAGGCUCAGGUGCAUCUGGAUUGGGUGGACUUGGACUUGGCGCAUGGGGACCACUCGGUGGCAUCGGGCCAAACGGAGUAUCAUCGGCCAGUGCAACUGGCUCCGCAGCUGGCUCUACAGGAGCUGGACUCGGUGGAAGCGGUGCAGCUGGAUCGUCAGCUGCUUCAGCAGCCUCAGGCGCUGCUGGACCCGCACCUGUCAUUGUCAUUGAGGAUGGAUCUUCAGCAGCAUCAGCAGCAGCAGCAGGCUCGGGUGCAUCUGGAGUAGGUGGCCUUGGACUCAGCGCAUUGGGACCACUCGGUGGAAUCGGACCAAACGGAGUAUCGUCAGCUAACGCAUUAAGUGCAGGACUUGGCGGAGUUGGCGCCGCCGGAGCAUCAGGAUUGGGCGGACUUGGAGGCGCAGGCGCAUCCGCAGCUGGCUCUGCUGGAGCUGGACUCGGUGGUGUUGGAGCAGGUGGUUCAUCUGGAUCAUCCGCUGCUUCAGCGGCCUCAGGCGCAUCUGGAGCUGGAGAGGUCAUUGUCAUUAAUGACAGAUCUUCAGCAGCAUCAGCAGCAGCAGCAGGCUCAGGUGCAUCUGGACUAGGUGGUCUCGGACUCGGUGGAUUAGGACCAUACGGCGGCAUCGGCCUAAACGGAGUAUCAUCGGCUAGCGCAUUAGGUGCAGGACUCGGUGGAGUUGGCACUGCCGGAGCAUCAGGAUUGGGCGGACUAGGAGGCACAGGCGCAUCCUCAGCCGGGUCUGCUGGAGCUGGACUCGGUGGUGUUGGAGCAGGUGGUUCGUCUGGAUCAUCCGCUGCCUCGGCGGCCUCAGACGUAUCUGGAGCUGGAGAGGUCAUUGUCAUUGACGACAGAUCUUCCGCUGCAUCAGCAGCAGCAGCAGGCUCAGGUGCAUCUGGAGUAGGUGGUCUCGGACUCGGCGCAUGGGGACCACUCGGUGGAAUCGGACCAAUCGGAGCAUCAUCGGCUAGCGCAUCGGGUGCAGGACUUGGUGGAGUUGGCGCCGUCGGAUCAUCAGGACUAGGCGGACUUGGAGGCGCAGGCGCAUCCGCAGCAGGUUCUGCUGGAGCUGGACUCGGUGGAAUCGGGGCAAGUGGUUCGUCUGGAUCAUCCGCUGCCUCGGCGGCUUCAGGCGCAUCUGGAGCUGGAGAGGUUAUUGUCAUUGACGACAGAUCUUCCGCAGCAUCAGCAGCAGCAGCAGCAGCAGGCUCAGGUGCAUCUGGACCAGGAGGACUUGGACUUGGCGUAUGGGGACCACUCGGUGGAAUCGGACCAAUCGGAGCAUCAUCGGCUAGCGCAUCGGGUGCAGGACUUGGUGGAGUUGGCGCCGCCGGAGCAUCAGGACUAGGCGGACUUGGAGGCGCAGGCACAUCCGCAGCCGGGUCUGCUGGAGCUGGACUCGGUGGUGUUGGAGCAGGUGGUUCGUCUGGAUCAUCCGCUGCCUCAGCAGCCUCAGGCGCAUCUGGAGCUGGAGAGGUCAUUGUCAUUGACGACAGAUCUUCCGCAGCAUCAGCAGCAGCAGCAGGCUCAGGUGCAUCGGGAGUAGGUGGCCUCGGACUCGGCGCAUGGGGACCACUCGGUGGAAUCGGACCAAACAGAGUAUCAUCAGCUAGCGCAUUAGGUGCAGGUCUCGGCGGAGUUGGCAACGCUGGAGCAUCAGGAUUGGGCGGACUUGGAGGCGCAGGCGCAUCCGCAGCAGGUUCUGCUGGAGCUGGACUCGGUGGAAUCGGGGCAAGUGAUUCGUCUGGAUCAUCCGCUGCCUCGGCGGCUUCAGGCGCAUCUGGAGCUGGAGAGGUCAUUGUCAUUGACGACGGAUCUUCCGCAGCAUCAGCAGCAGCAGCAGCAGCAGGCUCAGGUGCAUCUGGACCAGGAGGACUUGGACUUGGCGUAUGGGGACCACUUGGUGGAAUCGGACCAAUCGGAGCAUCAUCGGCUAGCGCAUCGGGUGCAGGACUUGGUGGAGUUGGCGCCGCCGGAGCAUCAGGACUAGGCGGACUUGGAGGCGCAGGCGCAUCCGCAGCAGGUUCUGCUGGAGCUGGACUGGGUGGUGUUGGAGCAGGUGGUUCGUCUGGAUCAUCUGCCGCUUCAGCGGCUUCAGGUGCAUCUGGAGCUGGAGAGGUCAUUGUCAUUGACGACAGAUCUUCCGCAGCGUCAGCAGCAGCAGCAGGCUCAGGUGCAUCUGGACUAGGUGGUCUCGGACUCGGUGGACUAGGACCAUACGGCGGCAUCGGUCUAAACGGAGUAUCAUCGGGUAGCGCAUUAGGUGCAGGACUCGGUGGAGUUGGCACCGCCGGAGCAUCAGGAUUGGGCGGACUUGGAGGCACAGGCGCAUCCGCAGCCGGGUCUGCUGGAGCUGGACUGGGUGGUGUUGGAGCAGGUGGUUCGUCUGGAUCAUCCGCUGCCUCGGCGGCUUCAGGCGUAUCUGGAGCUGGUGAGGUCAUUGUCAUUGACGACAGAUCUUCCGCAGCAUCAGCAGCAGCAGCAGGCUCAGGUGCAUCUGGAGUAGGUGGCCUCGGACUCGGCGCAUGGGGACCACUCGGUGGCAUUGGACCAAACGGAGUAUCAUCGGCUAGUGCAACUGGCUCCACAGCUGGCUCUACUGGAGCUGGACUCGGUGGAAGCGGUGCAGCUGGAUCGUCAGCUGCUUCUGCUGCCUCAGGCGCAUCUGGACCUGCACCUGUCAUCGUUAUUGAAGAUGGAUCUUCAGCAGCAUCAGCAGCAGCAGCAGGCUCAGGUGCAUCUGGACUAGGUGGACUAGGACUCGGCGCAUGGGGACCACUCGGUGGCAUCGGACCAAACGGAGUAUCAUCGGCUAGUGCAACUGGCUCUGCAGCUGGAUCUACCGGAGCUGGACUUGGUGGAAGCGGUGCAGCUGGAUCUUCAGCUGCUUCUGCAGCCUCAGGCGCAUCUGGACCUGCACCUGUCAUCGUCAUUGAAGAUGGAUCUUCAGCAGCAUCAGCAGCAGCAGCAGGCUCAGGUGCAUCUGGACUAGGUGGACUCGGACUCGGCGCAUGGGGACCACUCGGUGGCAUUGGACCAAACGGAGUAUCAUCGGCUAGUGCAACUGGCUCCACAGCUGGCUCUACUGGAGCUGGACUCGGUGGAAGCGGUGCAGCUGGAUCGUCAGCUGCUUCUGCAGCCUCAGGCGCAGCUGGACCCACACCUGUCAUUGUCAUUGAGGAUGGAUCUUCAGCAGCAUCAGCAGCAGCAGCAGGAUCGGGUGCAUCUGGAGUAGGUGGCCUUGGACUCGGCUCAUUGGGACCACUCGGUGGAAUCGGACAAAUUGGAGCAUCAUCGGCUGGCGCAUCAGGUGCAGGACUCGGCGGAGUUGGCACCGCUGGAGCAUCAGGAUUAGGCGGACUUGGAGGCGCAGGUGCAUCCGCAGCAGGCUCUACUGGAGCUGGACUCGGUGGUGUUGGAGCAGGUGGUUCGUCUGGAUCAUCCGCUGCCUUAGCGGCCUCAGGCACAUCUGGAGCUGGAGAGGUCAUAGUCAUUGACGACAGAUCUUCCGCAGCAUCAGCAGCAGCAGCAAGCUCAGGUGCAUCUGGACCAGGAGGACCUGGCCUCGGCGCAUGGGGACCACUCGGUGGAUUCGGACCAAUCGGUGCAUCAUCGGCUAGCGCAUCAGGUGCGGGACUUGGUGGAGUUGGCGCCGCCGGAACAUCGGGACUUGGCGGUCUUGGAGGCGUAGGCGCAUCCGCAGCUGGCUCUGCUGGAGCUGGACUCGGUGGAAUCGGAGCAGUUGGUUCGUCUGGAUCAUCCGCUGCCUCAGCAGCCUCAGGCGCAUCUGGAGCUGGAGAAGUCAUUGUCAUUGACGACAGAUCUUCCGCAGCAUCAGCAGCAGCAGCAGGCUCAGGUGCAUCUGGACCAGGUGGCCUCGGACUUGGUGGAUUGGGACCAUACGGCGGGAUUGGACCAAACGUAGUCUCCGCAGCUAGUGCACCCGUUGUAGGUCCUAGUGUAUCCUCAGUUGGCCCAGUUGGAGCUCAAGUUAUUGAAAUUGGAUCACCAGUAGUCCCUAGUGUAUCUAGGACUGGAUCUGUUUCAAGAGUAUCUGUGUCUGGCAGACCUGGAGUACGUGUCCCUUGUAGUCUCACUCGUAGACAAUUCGUUGUUAAGAUUGGCACCAGACGCCAACCUUGUGUUACUUGCUAAUUUGUUUGGUUUUUUAUUUUUAUUUCUUUAAUUUCUGGAUACAUCUUUUGUUCUGUUUUUCUUUAUAAAUAAAUUCUGGCAUACGAAAUGUAA